UAAUGUUAUUUAUUUACUUCCGGUAAAAAGAAAUCAUGAAGAGCACUGGACAUAAAUUAGAACUUGGACCCCCAGUUGAACCUUUACAUGAUCUUAUCAGUUCAGAGCGGUACAUAGACUCUUUAGAGAGACGACUAAACAAAGUUAAAGGAAAUCAGGCAAAGGAGCCAACUGCCAAAGAAAUGCUUUCAGCCCUUGAAAAAACGAAAGAAGGCCAAAUGCAUCAGUUAUUGGAUAGUAAUACUCAACAUUCAUCUUCACAAGAUCCAUGUUUAGAUGGUGCAGUUGUUAAUAAAACGCAUACUGGAAAACAACAAAACUUAGAAGAAAUAGUAGCUCUUAUUUAUCAAGAUGCUUUAUCAAAAGACAAAGAAGACACCGAAACAGACAAAGGAUGAUACUUUGGCCCUUCGUGUAUUUUUUUCAAUGGUUUAUUUUAGGAUAAAUAUGAUAAAUAUGAUAAAUGAUUAUGUAUGAACGUGACAAGGUAGAAAUGU